AAUCUUCCAUCUCCCAUUUAUUCGAUAUUUACAUGACACGGCACAUGACAGACAUUCCCAAAUCAAAUCAAGCCAUGCGGGCUAAGAACUUCAGGAAGAGAACCCUAGAGCCAGACCCCCUCGUCGAUGAUCCCGAUGACGACGAGGAGGAGCGCCGGUUGGCGUUGGAGGAGGUGAAGCUCCUCCAGAAGCAGCGGGAGAAGAAGGCAGGUAUGCCAGCUCUGACCACUGCCCCACAGCACUCACCAACCGGCCACGGUGCCGCCUUCCGUAAGGGCUCCGCGAGCAGCAGUGGGGGAAUUGGCGGUGGCAGCGGCGACAAGGGCGAUGGAGAUGGCGGCAAGGAGGACCUCGUUCUGCAGGAUACCUUUGCCCAGGAGACAGCUGUUACCAUCGAGGAUCCCAACAUGCUUAAGUACGUGGAGCAAGAACUGGCAAAGAGGCGUGGUAAGAAGAUCGAUUCAGGUGAGAAGGAGGAGAAGGAUCCGAUGGAUGAAUUGUAUGUUGUGCCCGAACAUCUUAAGGUAAAGAAGAGAAAUUCGGAAGAAAGCUCUACACAGUGGACAACCGGGAUAGCUGAAAUCCAGCUGCCAAUAGAAUACAAGCUACGGAAUAUUGAAGAAACUGAGGCGGCCAAAAAGCUAUUGCAAGAGAAGAGGCUUGUCAGUAAAACUAAAUCAGAAUUAAAUAUUCCUUCAAGUUAUAGUGCAGAUUACUUCCAACGUGGUCGGGAUUAUGCUGAAAAUCUUCGGAGAGAGCAUCCAGAGUUGUACAAAGGUCGAGGUGCCCAACUAAAUGAAAUGGAUGGAAAAUCAACAGAAACUAAUAAUUCAGAUGCCGCAAGACGGAGGCAAACUGCUACUGAUGAAUUUAUGCUUGAGCGAUUUCGGAAACGAGAAAGAAAUCGCGUUAUGCGAAGAUGAUGUUAUGUGCAAGUGUGACUCAUGAUCUAAAGUUUUUUUGAGGCAUUGAUGGAUUUGAGUGAAACUUGUCUGAAUCUUAGCCAUUGAAAACACCUAAUUAUAAUUAUUACAACGUAGAUCAUCCACACUGAAGCUACACAUCAUUUCAUAGUGUGGUCUGUACAAGUAUAGUUGCUAUCAAGUUUCAGCUUUGACUUGUAUAUUAUACCAAAUUUCAACAAAUUUAAAUUACUUGAUACACGCGGCUAAUGUAACGCCUUCUCUAA